GUAUUAUACAUGCUAUAGUUGAUUAUUUAAGUCAGAGAAGGUAUUAACUUCCGUUUCUUUUUUAGAAAUUCAAAUAUAUCAGCUAGCUAUACAGAGCUUUUACUGGUUUGUGUUAACCCUGUCUCUGGUGUCUGGUUCCACGAUAUGAAAUCACCUAUCAUUCUUCCUGUUCAUAUUGCUUAUGGAGCAUUGGCCCUUUUUAUUGCAAUUUUAAACAAUGUUUUCCUGUUGUUUUAUGUGACAACUUUUGUUAAAGUAUAUCAUAUUGAUAGUGUAUCAUUUUAUGUUGGUGAAACUAUUUUUUUAAUAUGGAAUUCAGUAAAUGACCCUAUAUUUGGGUGGCUAAGUGAUCGUGAUGCAUUAAAAAAUGAUAACCAAGGCAUAUGUAAUCAUGUUGAUGCCGUCCUUCGACGUAUUGAUGCUUUGUCAAAAUUUGGACCUUUGUUUGCGCUAUCCUUUCUACUGUUCUGGUUUAAAUUUUUACCAGUGGGUAUUCAAUUUUCCAUUGCCUUAUGUCUGUAUGAUAGUUUUUUGACAAUGGUUGAUCUCCAUCAUCAGGCUUUGUUGGCUGAUUUAUCAAUCAAAGCAGAAGAUCGUGUAAAAUUAAAUUAUUCUUGUUCUCUGCUCAGUGCUGCUGGUUCUCUAUCGGUAUUUGUGUCGUUUGCACUAUGGGAUGCUGAAGAUAUGUUUAAGUUUCAAUUACUUUGUAUAUUUCUUGCAAGCUUUGUUUGUAUUGGCUUUUGGAUUUGCUGUGACUCAAUGAAAUCAUUUUAUCAGCAAAAUAUGUCAAAAAAAGAUUCAUACAACAACCAUAAACAGGUUAAUGGUAGUGUUUCUUUGAUUAAAAACUAUACAUAUCAAAUUCUACGACACAAAAACUUUUUGAUAUUUUCAUGCAUGAAUCUUGUGCAAGUGUUUCACUGUCAUUUUAACAGUAACUUUUUUCCACUUUUUAUUCAAUAUUUAUUGGGACAUACACUCAGUCCUUCUGCUGGAGCAAUUUUGAUUGGUUUAUCAUUCCUUGUGCCACACUUGAACAAUUUGUAUUUUCUGCAAUUAUGUAGCAAACAUGGCACAUAUCUAAUCAUCAAAACCUUGUUUUUUAUCAAGCUAAUUUUACCAAUAUUGAUGUGGAUGUUUGGUAUGAAUUAUUGGUACAUAUUAUGUGUAUUCAUUCUAAGUAACAGAGUGUUUACUGAAGGUACAUGUAAGUUGCUGAAUUUGGUCAUAUCAGAUUUAGUUGAUGAAGAUUUUGUGAAGUUUAAAAGGAAAUCACCUGUGUCUGCUUUGGUGUUUGGGACAUCAGCAUUACUUUCGAAACCGGGACAGACAUUUGCUCCAUUGAUUGGCUCUUACUUGUUUUAUGUAAAAAGUAAUAAAUCAUUCUUCUUCAGUGAUGGAACAGUUACAGCAUUAAAUUCAGAACACAACUUUCAAAACAGUGAAUCAGAGUUGUUAAAGGACGCAUGUUUUAGUAUACUUGUUCUUGUUCCAAUUGGAUGUGCAAUUUUACAAUUGUUUAUAUGGAAUUUUUAUUCACUAAAGGGAAAAUAUUUAAACCAAAUUAAAAAUGACCGUUUAAAUCAAGAGUACAAUUACUCAAGUUUAGACAUUGUGUAGGAUGUUGAUUUUUUUUGCACUUGCAAGACUAAAAUAAGUUGUUGUGUAUAUAUAUACAAACAUUUUUGUAAGCAUGUUGUUUUGUUUUAAAUACAGCUGGAAUCUGAAACUACUUAUUCUAAGCACAAGCUAUAAGGCUAAAAUGUGUAUGCCUAAUUUUUUUCUAUCUUUAACCUUCAUUAAAUGAUAUGCUUGUAAAAAUAUAUAUAAAGAUACAUAUAGCCUGAUACAAUUAUAUAUUUAUUUUAUAUAUAAUAUUACAUAUAUUUAGCUUAGGUAUAUAAUAAUAUUAGUCUUAAAUAUUUUCAACUUCUUUAGAUAGAUGUUUUUAUGAAAGUUCAUAGUCUAUAGUUUUCAUAGUUUUCCCUUCUCGAAGAUCAUGCCAAAAUCGUUUGAUUUAGCAUAUGAAAUAUACAAAUUCUAAAAAGAAAUACAAAAGAAAAAAUACAAAGGAAAUACAAAGGAAAAAGAAUUGUUGAACUUAUUUUGACAAUUUAGGACUCUAUGUUUGCAAAAUAACGCUUUUUCUUGUAAUCAACCUUCUUUUUAGGCCUCGCAAAAAUACGUUCUCAAAAAUUUCUUUUUUAAAAAAUUCUUUUCUGAAGGUCUUGUUUUUCUUUUAACUAACAAAAAUAAUUAUCAACAUACCAGAAAAAUCUGUUAAAAGACCCAUUUGUGAAAGCUAAAUACCCUUGCAAUUAAUUUUUUUUAAUUUAUAUGGUAGUUGAAGGAGAUGAUGCAGGCAUUGAUCUUCUAAAUUUAUUUUCCUAAUAUUUAAAAAAUUAUUUUAAACCUUAUAAUGAACAAUGUAUUUUGGUCCAUAUAAAGUACUAUUUUUAUUAUCUUAUAAACAC